AUGUCUAAAACAAAUAAUUCAAGAACAAGUAGUGAACUUGUUUCCACUAACGAUAGUGAUUACGUAGCUAGACUAAGACGACUGAAAAUACAAGAAGGAAUUUUGGUAUCAAACGUUAACAAGAAAUGCGAAGAACAUUUAGAAAUAAGUGACGAAAAUAAUAAAUAUAAGAAAAACGUAGACCUUAAGAAGUAUUUAUAUCAAUUAAAACAUUCAUAUACCCAGAUGAAGAACUUGUAUGAAGAUAUAAAAGUGAAAACCAAUAUUCACGAAACCUCAGGAUCUAUUGAUGAAAUAAAAAACGAUAUUUUAGAACUUGAAGAUAAAAUAAAAUCAUUUAAACAAUUUUUAAGUAAAGAAUUACAAAGAAAGCAAGUUGAAGAAAGCGCUUUAUUGGAGAAGAGCAACGAUAACAAUUUAGAAACAAAAAAAUGUGUAGUGUACCCGAAAAACCAAACGAAAAAGUAUAAGGAAUUAGUAUCAAGUCCAGUACGAGUUUUAAUAAAAUCUCCCUUCAAAUGUUUAGAAAUCCACCAGUUUCAAGAGUUUAUGAAAUCUAGUCCCAAUCGUUAUGGUGGUUGGAACGAAUAUAAGCACAGUCAAUUCGUUCAAAUUUGGGACAAACACAAUGGAGAUGUUGUCUUUACUUCAAAACCUAUUAGGGAUACUCGUCUUUUACUAGACUUUAAAAAUGAAGUUUUGCACAAAAUUUCAGUUCAUUAUGGAUCAUCGUAUAUAGGAACAAAAGCAGAAGAUGUUAUUUCACAUAUUGAAUGGUAUUCUCAGUAUAUUUACCUAAAAAUGUGCCAAAAAAAGGCGCUUGACAAGUGGAAAGAAAAUAGAAGGAAAAUAAAAAAGCCACUUCGAGAGGGUAAAAGUACCGGAACUAUAAAUUCUGCAUUAGAAAAUACAAAUGUACGGAAAUUUCCGGCAAUUAAUACGAGUAUAAACGGUGAAACUUUUACGAAUGUUGAAAGUGACGUGAUAGAUAUACAACGUAAGUUGGACGUUCGUAGAUUGAUGCGUCCUACAAAACAGUGGAUAAGAAGAUGUGAAAAAGAUAAAAAAAUUGAUACUUUUGGAAGUAAUAUUGACAACUUUUCUAAACUGUGUGUUCCUGCUUGGCGUUUAAAUACUGAAUUUUCAUAAAAAAAGAAAAUUUGAAGACCACAUCUAAUUUAAAUGAUUAUGAUAACGAAAUUAGCUUAACAUUAUCUAAUAAGUGAACAAUGAUCAACUCAUAACACUAUUUUAACAAAUUUUCAUUACUUUCGACCAAUACAAAAUUCAUAUACAUAUAUGAAUUCAUAUUAUGAUAACGUAGUUAUUUUUCUUUUAUUUAUUACAAUAAUAAAAAUAAAGCACAUUUACUUUUUACUAAACAAAUUUAUGCCAAUGAUUAACCGCUUGAUUGAUGUUCUCUCAUUACAAUAAAGCCAAUAGGCAAGUCACAGCAUAUCACCCCGAAAUAAAACGAAAUAAACUGAAAGUUUGUAUAAA